AUGAAUUCUCAACCAAGUCGCCAACAAGGGGCAUUACCUGGAAAGCCAGAGCAAAAUCCCAAGGAAACUAUGAAAGCAAUCACCCUACGGAGUGGUAAACAGUUAUCUCCAAGAAUUCUCACCAAGGAUGGUGAAAAGCAAGGUGGGGAGGUAGCUAUCAACAUAGAUGAUGAAGUGGUGAUUGUAGAUGAGAAGGUUGAUGAAGAAAUUCUAGAGAAGAUUGUUGAAGCUAAGGGUAAAGGAAAGGUUGGAGAAGAGAAGAGGACAAUGAAACAUGGUGAAACUGCUACUCCAACAAAGGACUCCUCUUUUGUUCCUCCUCCCUAUGAGCCAAAGCUACCAUUCCCUGGAAGAUUCAAAAGACAGCUAUUGGAGAAGUACAAGGCACUCUUUGAGAAACAAAUGAGUGAAGUUCAGAUCACAAUGCCCAUCAUUGAUGCUUUUAUGCUGGUUCCUCAAUACAGCAAAUUCUUGAAAGAUGCUGUAGCUGCAAAGAAGAAAGAGAUGGAGGGCAUGAUGAUCCUUACCCACGAGUGCAGUGCCAUUAUCCAGAGGUUAGAUGUUCCAAGGAAGCUAGUGGAUCCAGGAUGUUUCACCUUACCUUGUGCUCUAGGACCCAUGGUAUUUGAACGAUCAGUGAAGAUUCCUGUAGGUAUUUUAGAAGACCUCCCCUUGAUGGUUGGUAACUUUGAGAUCCCUACUGAUUUUGUUGUGUUGGAGAUGGGGGAGGAAGCCCAAGACCCUUUGAUCCUUGGAAGACCAUUCUUAGCCACAGCAGGAGCUAUUGUGAAUCCAACCAUCCAGAACCAAGUUUUCUACAUUGAUGAAAUGGACGCUCUAGCUGAUGAGCUUCUAGAAGAGUUGGCACUUGAAGACUCUCUACAGCAUGCUUUAACAAUUGAGAGAGAAGUCCAAGUGAUUGAGAACAAAGAAAGUGACGCCUAUGUGAAAAUGUUGGAUUCUCACAAGGGGAUUAGUGGUGAAGGUCAGUAUGAGGAGCUUACAUAUGAGGCUCACCAUGCUUCCUCGGCCACUCAACAAGAGAACCUCCAAGAGGAUGAUUGGAGUGAACUCAAGGCACCAAAAGUGGAGCUUAAACCUCUUCCCCAUGGUGUAAGGUACGCUUUCCUUGGCCCUAAUGAAACUUACCCUGUCAUAGUGAGUAGUCACAACUACACGGUUCCGCUUACCCCUGAAAACUUGGACUUGAGGAAUUUCUCGAUUCUUCAAUCGUCGUAUCCGACGUUCACCUAUUCGGCCUGGUCCCUCUGGAUAGUGAGCAUUGAUACGUGA